AUGCCUCAAAUAGAGAUGACUCCGGCUGAGAUCUUGCAAAAGUUCUACGAUGCCGAAACAAUAUAUAUGGCCGCAUCACCAGAGAAUCGAGACUUCGCCAAUGGAAUGGGCAAGACACUUUCACCAAAUCUCAAACUGUACCAAUCUCCAGAUCUUCCGUACGGAGGUGUCUUUGAAGGCCAUGCCGGGUUUCAGGACUGGAGCCAGAGAAUGGCAUCCUACUUCGACAAGCUAGAGGUCACAGAUCCUCAGGUGUUCGAGCAAGCCGGCAGCGAUGCAGUCAUUGUUGCGAGUACGCUGAAGCUCAGAGUCAGAAAGACGGGAAAGGAUUUGGUCAAUCCACUUCUACAGAAGAUCAGUGUCGAUCGAGAAAAGGGUGUGAUCACGGAGAUCAGGCCGUUUUAUUGGGACGUUAAGGGAUUGAACGAAGCUCUAGGCUUGUAG